AUGCACCCCCUCGAUCUACUGAAAGUUAAAUUUCAAGUUGCCACAGAAUCUCCGAAGGGUGGGGUAGGAAAACAUAUCUGGCAUUCGUUGAAGGGGAUCAAGCAGUCAGACGGCUGGAGAGGGCUGUACAGGGGUGUGGGUCCGAAUAUCGCAGGAAACGCGAGUAGCUGGGGGCUGUAUUUCCUCUUGUACGUUGCGCUCUAUAAUCAGCUUAAACGCCGGGCGUUUCUUGACGAUCCCGACAAGCCUCUGUCAGCAGGCCAAUACCUCCUCUGCUCAGCACAAGCGAGCGCUGCAACCGCCGUAAUCACGAAUCCGAUAUGGGUGGUGAAAGUACGCAUGUUCACGACACGAGCUGAUUCGCCUACGGCAUAUCGCGGUCUAUGGGAUGGAUUUAGAUCAAUCUACCGCACAGAAGGUGUCACCGGCCUUUACCGUGGCACCAUUCUUGCUCUCGUUGGAGUUGGAAAUGGUGCCCUGCAAUUUAUGACAUAUGAGGAGAUGAAGCGGUGGGGUUUCGAACGAAAGAAGCGGCAGUUCGAAAAGGCUGGGAAAGAGUACACAGCGGAGGAUGACAAGCUGUCGAACACCGCCUAUACCAUCAUGUCUGGCGCGUCGAAGCUGGCGGCGUUGACAAUGACGUAUCCUUAUCAGGUUAUCCGUUCGCGUAUACAGAACAACUCGCUCCUCGCCCAAACACACCAUCGUACUAUCACAUCAACGAUACAGCACACAUGGGCGCACGAGGGUGUUCGAGGAUUCUAUCGCGGACUGGGGACCAAUCUGGUCAGGGUGCUCCCUGGUACAUGUGUCACGUUCGUCGUGUACGAAAACCUUGCGUGGUUGCUCAAGCGUACGGCUGCACGGAGAGAAGCAGGUACGAGUAUCUUCUCAGGAAGCUAA